AUGCCCUGGCAUCCGCUUCCGCGCAUCGCCUUUGCGGUUGCAACUUUUCCCUUCACCGCCCAACAACCUGCCGACCUCCCCCUCGAAAUUGGCGAUGAGCUGUAUAUCAUUGAAGAGACUGCCGACGGCAACUGGCUGAGGGGCUAUCUUGUCGCCCCUCCCAGCCUUCUUGCAGGCCUGACAUCUGUCCAGGGCCAAACGCUCGAGGCUAGAGUCUUCAGCGGCAUCUUCCCUCGCAGCUGCGUCGAGGUUCGAGAGAUGCUCGGCGAAUCCGACGACGGGGACCAACAUACCACCCAAGAUGACCAAGAUCCCCACGCAAACAAUGACGAAUCACGGCAAGAUGAGAACGGGUCCGAAGACUCGGCCAAGGGGGGACUCGAGAGUGAUGUCGAGAACAUUCACAAACAAUCCAAGACAGUAGCCCCGCGCAAUUGUCGAGCACCUUUACAGGAACUUUCCAACGGCAUCACUGCAAAGCUUUCAGUGCCCGUUGAACGUGACCCGAAUAUGCCACGCCCUCCAGCGCCAGUACCAAUGCUCAAAAUUGGCGACGAGACGCCCACAUCAGCAUCCGAGCCCUUGAUUGACGAAAUCUCAUCAUGCCUGCGCGAAUGGCAUUCCAAAAAUCUCCACCAACUCCUCCUCGCCAGGGAAUACGCAAAGCUCGACAAACUCUCUCAGCUCAUCACAAAACUCAAUCUGCACCGUCAACAGUUCCUAUACAAUGUCCUCACCUCUCGCGAGUACGAGAUUCUCCGCGAAAAGACGGUAUGGGAUUUGGUGCAGGUCAACAAGCUUUGUGGUGGUGAAGUCAUUGUGCGCGACCCCGGUGCGCGCGGCCGCAUCUUAACUGGCGAAGACUCUGUCGUGGCCCUCACAGAGCUCCAGUCCAGCAUGAGCGUUCUUGAUGAGCCCCCUAAGCCAACAAUUGAGCUUGCCAGCCUACACCAUCUGCUGCUGGAUGUCAAGGGUUUUGCUGGCGCUUCUACAGAGGAAACGUGCCUUGUUGCCUACCUGGCCAGCAAGCCGCACCAUGACAAGCCCACAAGCCUCUCCGAAGCCUUCAGCAUCGACGUCCCUGCUGGGCGCACCAUGGGUAGCCUCAUGCAAGAUGGUGCUACGCGAACACUGUUCACCGAUUUGUCCAGUCUUGACUUCGGUGACGUAGCUGCCCCCGAAUCAGAUCUCUAUUUGGUCAUCAAAGUGCAGUCUCCACAAAGAAUUGAAAUGCUGCCUCCCUCAACUAGAGCCGGAAGCUUGGGGGAUAACUACUACACUCGAGAGCAUACCAAGUCACUACCCAUCGGUGGUAAUAAGGGCUCAAGAAGAAGUUUCAUGUGGGCCGCUAAAUCCACGAGGUCAACUUUUUCGCGAGGCUCACCAGCCGCCAAAACGGAUGCUGUGAAUGAACAGCGGGUAGACCGACCCUACUCCAACCGCACAGCAAGCCGCGAUGAUCACGCCCCCCCCAGCACUGCUGGCUCGCAAGCUAGCGUGAUAGUCGACGAGGUUCAAAUGGCCCAGCGCACCGUUGGUGUUGGCGUUAUGAAACUCAACCCCAUCAUGAAGCAAGACGAAGAGGUCGAGCAUGUCAUUAGUAUCUGGGCGCCCUCCGCAAGACCCAUGACCGACAAAGAUAUGGGUGAAGAAUGGAAUCCGAUCAUUCGGGAAAUAAUGGGUAACUCAUCAGAGUCAUUCGAGAGAGCGAAACGUGGCGAACGACUUCAGGUAUCGCUCAAGGCCUUUGACCACCCAGACGCGGACGCUCUCAUCAAGGCCACGCCAACAAUUUUAUCCGGGGUCUCCAAGACUAGUAGGAUCGGAUUUUCUGGCGCACCAACGCGGCCCAGAUCCGAUAUUUACCUCACAAUCAAUACGGCGGCUCUUGCAAAGCAGAAUCUCCUCUCUAGAUACGGGGGAAGCGCUACCAGUAUGCCUCCCGGAAUGCAGGCUUCUAAUUUACAGGUGACGCUAGAGGUUCGACAGCGAUCCGGAACAAAGAUUGAAAACUGCAUCUUUCCAUCCUCGAAUAGCAGCGGCUUGACUACUUUCAAAUCUGCUGCCACUGAGCGUGGUGAGGCAUGGAAUCAAACACUGCGCCUAUCGCUGCCUGCGGACGAUGUUGCCACCGCCCAUGUUGUUAUGUUUAUCAGCGACAUGCCAAGCCCCCCAUUCGCUGUCGCACAUAUACCUCUUUGGGACCGGGAAGCGUUCAUUCGCGAUGGGCCGCACGGCCUGCUGCUCUAUAAAAUAGAUGAGCAUACCUCAACAGCGCAGGCAGGACCAACAGGUAAAGGCGGAUAUCUGUCCACUGUCUGGGCACCAAGAGGUAGAGACGAGCGCUCGGUCGAAGUGACCGGCCCGCUUGCAUUACUUCUUAUCGAAACAUUUCUGUGCAGUACGCGUUUCUCGCAAGACCGUGUCAUUCUUGGCCUUCUGAAAUGGAGAGAGCUGUCUCAGGAGGACCUGGCCGCCGUUCUGCGCCAGAUCAACUUUGUGCCUGAGAUCGAGAUUGUUAAGCUGCUUGGCGACGUUCUGGACAGCUUAUUCGGUAUAUUGGUGGAGCACUCUGGUAAAAAUGAGUACGAAGAUCUUGUCUUUACGGCUUUGGUCAGAGUCUUGGGCAUCGUUCACGAUAGACGAUUUAACCUGGUUCCUCUGGUAGACCAGUAUGCCGAGAAGCAGUUCAAUUAUCCGUUCGCAGCUUCUUGUCUUGUUCGUGCCCUUGCGCGUCUGCUCCAGCACCCAACAGAAACCGAGACCGCCCGAAAGCUGAGAUCUACUUUCAAGAUUGUCAGGCACAUCCUCAAGUUCAUUACCCAAGCACGCAGUCAACAGCGAGCCAAGGAGGCAGGCAUUGGUAUCAAGACUUCGGCGCAGGGUUUCACGAAGCAGCUUCGAUCAAUUUUCAAAGCCCUUGAAGAAAUGAUGCGAAACCCGGCCCCUGUUUUGGUUGGUAGCCAGACGCUAGUUGUACAACACUUUCACACGUGGCUUCCUGAGCUCACUAGUAUGCUUACAGCUGAAGAGAUUCUUCAUAUCGCCAUUGACUUUAUGGACUCUUGCACCGAUGUCAAGGGUAAGUUGACCUUGUACAAACUUGUCCUCAUUAUCAACUAUUCCAAGCUGGAUAUUUUCAGCCACCCUGACCAGAGAUCCGCACUGAGCGCCAAUACUGUUCGCUGGAUUAGUCCUCAUUGGGGUCACUGCCCGGACAUGACUGACCAGUGGAGAAACCAAAUCCGACUAUGCUGCUCUAUCCUUGCCAAUCAGCUGGACUACAUCGGCCCUGAAAUCCCGGAUCACGCGCCCAGAGUCAUUGACUCUUACCUAUCCAUUCUGGCGUCGCCUCCGCCCGCAAGAAAGAAACUGUCACUCCUGUUUCCCUCGUCCUACCCGUUUCCGACGAAGUCAACGGCUCAUAAUAUGGAAUUUGACGAAUCUUUGGCCGAAUUGUCCGCCAUUUUGUCGGCGAUCUCAAGCUCGCCCGCAGGAAUGCAGCUAGAAUUGGCAGACAGCGACAUUCAGACCAUGUUAGAGAAUGUUCUCCAGGUACAAAUGAGUAUCCUGAAAGGCGAGGCAUUCCCCGAAGGCUGGCUCAGUGUACACAUCUAUCAUCACAAGUCUGCCAUGCGCACACUCCAAUACUUGGCGUCAAUCUUGCUGGAGACUUUCCUACCUCAUCCGGAUGAUGCCGAAAGUUUCAAUACCGAUCUAUGGAGGUUGUUUUUCGAGACGUUACUGAAACUCGUAGGUAGCCCAUCGCUUGCCUUGGAAACUUUCCCCGAGCAAAAAAGACGAGCUGUUUGGAAAAUCGCUGGUGAUGUGCGCGAGGAUGGAGCUGCUCUGCUACGUAGAACGUGGGAGGCCAUCGGAUGGGAAGCAAGCAACGAAGAACGCACCAGGUACGGACUGGCCAAGAUGGGCGGUUAUCAAGUGCAGUAUGUUCCCGGCCUGGUUGGACCAAUCGUGGAGCUGUGCUUGAGUGUUCAUGAGGGCUUGAGGAGAAUGGCCGUUGAGGUAUUGCAAACUAUGAUUGUCAGUGAGUGGACUUUGAGCGAGGAUCUCUCUGUCAUCCAGACGGAAAUGGUGGACUGUCUCGACACUUACUUCAAGACCAAGCCUUUGACAGAGAGUGUUUUGCAGAAGCUUUUCCUGGGGGAACUGAUGGAGAGAUUUGCUGCCCUUUCUGGAGAUGACGAGUCCUUGACGGAGGCUCUUCAGGAUCUAACUGGAACUUUGGAUGAGUUUUUGGAUCUCUUGGUUGCUGUGCACAGCACGGACAAUGGAAAUGGAGCUUCGGACAUUAUCAACCGGCUUCGACUGAUGGAGUUUCUUCGAGAUAUGCAAAAGGAGGAGAUAUUCGUGCGAUAUGUACACCAGCUGGCCAGCCUGCAGGCCGAAACGCGCAACCAGGCCGAGGCUGGUCUCGCGCUGCGGUUGCACGCCGAGCUAUAUGACUGGGACCCGAAUCGAGAGACUGGCGCAAUGACAGAUCCAGACUAUCCGGCCCAAACGCACUUUGAGCGCAAGGAAAGGAUUUACUUUGAUAUGAUUAAGCAUUUCGAAGAAGGCGAGUCGUGGAGCAACGCACUCACAGCCUACAAGGAGCUUCAGGCGCAGUACGAAACAAACAUUUAUGAUUUCGCCAAGCUUGCACGGGCCGAACGCGCCAUUGCCACCAUUUACGAAACUAUUUCAAAGAGCGAAAGGCUGGUGCCGAAAUACUUCAAGGUCAUUUACCGUGGCCUUGGCUUUCCAACAACUCUUCGCGACAAGCAAUAUAUUUUUGAAGGCUCUCCAGGCGAACGGGCUGCAGCGUUUACAGACAGGAUGCAAGAGCAGUAUCCGUCAGCAAAGAUUAUCACGUCGGAAGAUGGCGACGAAGUCGAAGGACAGUUCUUGGUUAUCUCGGUUGUGACGCCACACCGCGAUCUGUCCCAUCAGAUUUACCAGCGUACUCGUGUUGCUCAGGUCGUUCGCGACUUCUUGCUCUCCUCUCACCCGCAGGUCUUUUCCAUCACGGCCAAGCGUGCCACUUAUGGUCCUGUUCAAGACCACUACUCCCAAAAACUGGUUUUCACAACUGCCGAACCGUUCCCGACAAUUCUUCGCCGAAGCGAAAUAAUUGAUGUCGGCGAACUCGAGCUUUCUGCUCAUGAGACUGCUUUGGAGCGUAUUGUGCGCAAGACGCAGGAGAUGGCUGCUUUGGAGCGGCGCAUCUCGGAAGGCGAUGACAAGAACAUGCAACUUCUUCUGGAUGCUGUAGCGGUUUCUGUGAAUCCGAAAUCUGACCAGAGUGUGGCCUGCUACCGCAAGCUUCUGCCUGAGCCGAAGAGCGACAAUGAAUAUGACGAGGAUGAUGAGGAAGAAGAUGAAGAGGAGCUGAGCCCUAGCAAUGCGGCCAUCAAGACGGCUCUCAUUGAUCACGCCAUGGUGCUUAAAAAGUGCCUAGCGCUAUUUGGACGAACCAAGUCUGAUCCUUUUGCUGCAAGCAGGCACGAUGAGUUGGUUCGCCACUUUGAGAGCACCUUUGCUCCCGAAAUCCUCACCUUUACUCCGCCAGCCCCUAUCAAAGAAUUGAUCUCCACACCAUCGACCAUUUUCAGAGGCACAUCACCUUCUAUUGAGCAAAGCCCCAGGUGGCAAACUGUCGUGUCUCCAAAUGGCGGAACAAAACUCGAAGAAGCCGCUGUUGUUCGUCGUGUCUCUCUGCAACAGCCGCGAGGUACGCGCCUGAGUUUCCUCGGUGGCAAGAAGAAGAGUGUCGACCACCAAUCCGACCUAAACGGCAUCAGCGAAUCACCAAAGGGCCACGGCCACAAUCGAAGCCUCAGCAAAGACAAUGUUACGCGGCAGGCCAUGUACCGAUCUCACUCUAGCGAUGCCAGCAGCGUAGAGCGGCGCGGCAGCACGACCAGCACCGAAAGGCGCGCAUCACAAGACGACAGGGACGCGCCAGCUAAAGAGUCUCGCCUGAUGAAGCGUGGCAACAGCGUGCGCAAAAGAUUCAGCUUGCUUAAGCUGGGCAUCAAAACCAAGAACAAUGCAGUCAUGGGCAGCGUUGACGAAGAAUAA